AUGAUAGCGCAAACUCCGCAACUUCCGCAACCUUCCCCAACGCCAGCUGAUCCUUCUCAGACAUACAUUCCGUCAGGCUGCCGGCUUCCGCCGUGCGAUACCGAAGUUUUUACCGGCGACUAUCUUCACUCCGGAUCUGAGGCGACCUUCAUCACUGAGCGCCUCUUCAACCUGAAUAAACUGCCGUUCCAGGUUAUCCGAGCACAGGUCUCAGGACUUAAUCAAACGGUCUCCGCUGAGACCAAAAAGAUCUGUCAAUUCACGAUCCGUUCUCCAACCCGGCCUAGCUUGCAGUUAAACACCACUGCCUACGUGCUUCCACAAAUAGCCGGAAAUCUUCCUUCAUGUCCGCUUCCGCAACAUUUCCUGCGAGACCUUCCCGAACUUCCGCUAGCGGAUCCAAAGUUUUAUGAGAGCGCACAAAAAGAUAUUCUAAUCGGGGCCGAUAUACUUCCAUCCAUUCUACUAAGCGUUGCACACACGUAUGAAGCGUCCCUCGAUAAGCUCCUCACCAAAUUCUGGGAGGUGGAGGAUCUGCCAGUAAAGGUGGCAAAAGAAUCCGACCUGAUUUGUGAGGACAAUUUCCUUCGGACCACCUCAAAAGACGAGACCGGCAGAUCCCAGGCGCUGGCUCAAUUAUUAAGAAACGAGCAGCGGCUAAAAAGGGACAGUACUCUAAAAUCCAAGUACGACUCAGUUAUUCAAGAAUAUCUCGACCUCAAUCACAUGAGAGAAGUCCUUCCUACCCACGAUUCAGCGUGUUACUACCUGCCACACCUUGCAGUGUUAAAACCGGAGAGUACGACCACCAAACUUCGAGUGGUAUUCAACGCCUCCAGCCCUUCAGACAAUAGGGUCAGCUUAAAUCAUAUCCUUCAUGCUGGCCCGGUCCUACAGUCCGAUCUAAUCAUCCAGAUCCUGAAGUGGCGAUAUUUCCGAUUUGUGUAUAGUAUAGAAAAUGUACCUGCAGAUCUGGGUAGAUCCGCAGCAGACAUCGUUCCAACGUAUCUUAUUCCGCGAUAG